UGAAUAUCAAAGGUGCCAACACCCUAAAUGCAGAAUAACAGAACUGUGGUGCCAACAUAAACGCACAUGCUUUUGUUUUUGUAUUAAUAACCUCAAAUUCAAACGCAGUUUUCUUCUCAUUUUUUAAAAAAUGGUACGAAAAUUAAAAUUUCACGAGCAAAAAUUGCUAAAGAAAGUAGACUUCAUUUCCUGGAAAGCGGACAAUAAUUUACAAGAAGUAAAAGUAUUAAAAAAGUAUUACAUUCAAAAACGAGAAGAUUACGCAAAGUACAACAAACUAGCAAGAAGUAUCCGGGAACUCGGUAGAAAAAUUAAAGAGGUCGAUUCUAAGCAUCCCUUCCGAACUUUUUCAUCUGCACAACUGCUAGAAAAAUUGUACGUGCUAGGGCUCAUACCUACCAAAUGGGAUUUAGGUCUGGUUGAAAAGGUAAAUGCGGCCUCGUUCUGUCGUCGGCGAUUACCUGUGGUGAUGGUUAGAAAUAAAAUGUCGGAAAAUCUCAAAAGCGCUGUGAAGUUAAUCGAACAGGGACAUGUCAGAAUUGGACCAGAGCUUGUGACAGAUCCCGCGUUGCUAGUCACGAGAACUUUGGAGGAUUUCGUUACAUGGGUGGAUAGUUCUAAAAUUCGUAAACACGUACUGGACUAUAAUGGAUUGAGGGACGAUUUUGAAAUGUGAACGAUUCCAGCUUUUAUUUUUAACGUGUAAUUAUACAUUUUCUACUUGUAAAUAAUAAAUUAUUUUAUGGAA